UUACUUGCCGGCACCGGGAUCCCCUCGGACGCUCCUUUUCCCCCUCCUACGCCUUUCGGAUUGUGCUGCUCGGCGCGGGACCGAGGCUCUAUUUAUUCUAUUUAUUUAUUUAUUGCUGCUCCGGGCAGGGAGGGCAUGUUGGAGGAGAAGAGCUGGGAGGGCGUGGGGGCCGCGGCGUUGGGCGGGGGGUGCGCGCCGCCCCCCCGGAGCGCCGGCGGGGAGCGAUGCUGCCGGCUGCCGCUGCUGCUGGCCUCGGGGCUCCCCGGCGCCUCGCUGCUCUCGCUGGCGCUCAGCCUCCUGCUCUACUUGCGGACGUCCGACCUGCAGUCCCGCCUGUCGCGCCUGGAGGCCGACGGACCCGCGCGCCUCCCCGCCUGGCUCGCGGCGGACCGAGUGGAGACGGCUAUUUCGGGAAGAGUCGACCAGCUGCUCGACGAGAAAUUAAAGUUCCACUUGCCGAGACAUCGAGAGGUCCGAGACGUGCACCAGCGAUGCAGCUGCCCGGCAGGCCCACCCGGCCCUGCCGGCAGGCCAGGGCUCCCGGGGGACAAAGGCGCCAUGGGGAUCCCCGGACGGCCGGGACUAAAAGGGCCGCCCGGAGAGAAGGGCGCGCCGGGAGAAGCCGGCAUGUCCAUCAUCGGGCCCCGCGGGCCGCCCGGACAGCCUGGAACGAGAGGUUUUCCUGGAUUCCCGGGUCCUAUCGGCUUGGACGGCCAACCGGGUCAUCCUGGACAGAAGGGAGAGAUGGGCGCAGCGGGUCCCAGGGGACACCCCGGCCCCCCCGGACAAAAAGGAGAAAAGGGCCAGUGUGCAGAGUACCCGCACAGGCUGCUGCCUCUCCUCAAUUCGGUGCGGCUGGCUCCACCUCCGGUCAUAAAGAGACGCACGUUCCAGGGAGAGCAAGGACAAGCAGGAAUACAAGGGCCUCCGGGGCCUCCCGGCCCACCGGGGCCCACUGGACCGGCGGGACCCGCGGGAACCCCAGGACAGCCCGGGCCAGUCGGGCCGCCUGGCAGAGCGGGCGAGCCUGGGAAGCCCGGCAGGGAUGGAAAGGGCUCGCCCGGGCCUCCCGGACCGAAGGGAGACCCCGGCGCUCAGGGAGACCCCGGCAGAAAGGGCGAGGCGGGCCUGCCCGGUGCACGCGGCCUCCCCGGAGCUGCCGGCCCCAAGGGUGAAAAGGGGGACCCAGGCAUAAAGGGCACGCCGGGGAUGGCAGCGGCGGGGAUGAAGGGCGAGCCGGGGACUCCAGGAGAAAAGGGAGAGCCUGGAGUCCCAGGGAGGAUGGGCCCCCCAGGUUUGCCAGGGAAAAGGGGGCAGCGGGGUGAGAAGGGCCGAGCUGGCGACCCCGGGCUCCCAGGCCCAAAGGGAGAGAAGGGAAAUACCGAGAACGCCUUGGAGGGAGGCAGAGGGGAACCUGGCCCGCCCGGCUUGCCCGGGCCCCCCGGACCAAAGGGAGAAGCUGGUGAUGUUGGCCGGCCUGGCACUGCAGGACCGCGGGGGGAAAAGGGGGAACCUGGUGCACGCGGAGAGCAGGGACCCAUGGGCCCACGGGGCCCCAAAGGAGAGCCUGGGAAGGAUGAAAUGAUGGACUAUGACGGCAACAUCAGUGAAGCUCUGCAGGAAAUACGAACUUUGGCCUUGAUGGGACCCCCAGGACUCCCAGGUGUGGCUGGGCCUCCAGGGCCACCAGGACAGAAGGGUGAAAUUGGUUUGCCAGGUCCUCCAGGCCACGAUGGAGAGAAGGGACCACGAGGCAAGCCAGGAGAAAUGGGCCCCCCUGGCCUUCAUGGACUGCCAGGGAAGAACGGACUGCCUGGAAUAAAGGGAGAACCAGGACCCGUUGGUGCCUCAGGAGAAAAGGGGGAGAGAGGAGAGCCGGGACAAGCUGGCUUACCGGGUCUUGAUGGCCCAACUGGAGAGAAAGGAGAACGAGGUCACCAAGGGAUGCCAGGACCAUCAGGAUUGCCGGGUCCCACUGGACUUCCAGGAUUGGCAGGAGAAAAGGGAGAACCUGGGGAGCGUGGAGGCAAAGGAAAUCCAGGAGAAUCGGUAUCAGGCCCCCCUGGACCCCAAGGCCCACCAGGACCUCCAGGUCUUCAGGGCCUUCCAGGACCGAAGGGGGAAGCAGGGAUUGAUGGAAUGAAAGGAGAGAAGGGUGUCCAGGGUGAAAAAGGAGACAGAGGGCCACUGGGAUUACCCGGUGCCUCAGGUUUAGACGGCAGGCCUGGACCACCGGGUACUCCAGGACCAAUUGGGGUUUCGGGACCGGCAGGACCAAAAGGGGAAAGGGGCAGUAAAGGAGAUCCUGGAGUUGUAGGACCAAUGGGGCCAGCAGGGCUUCCUGGUUUACAAGGUCUACCUGGUGACAAAGGAAUCCGGGGGGAGAGGGGCAAGAAAGGCUCUAGAGGGUCUAAAGGGGAUAAGGGAGACCAAGGAGCGCCUGGAUUAGAUGCACCCUGUCCGUUGGGCCUCCGAGGCUUUAAAGGCGAGAAGGGUGAGCCGGGGUUACCUGGGCUGGACGGGCUGGAUGCCCCAUGCCCAUUGGGGGAAGAUGGCCUGCCAGUUCAAGGCUGCUGGAAUAAGUGAUGGUUCUAACCCUGGACUGGCCUGUGUGUGUUACUGUACAUAGAAUAUUUAUUUUUAUACGGUGUCCUUCUCUGAAAUGCCAGAAGUUAUGCAUUUUUACAAAUUAUCAAAAGGCUGCAUAUUUUUUGUACAGAAAAUGCUAAAUCCCCCUUCCUCCCCAUUUGUCAAUUCUCUACGAUUCUAUGUCUAUAUUACGCUUGUUUUGUCAUGGAGUACAGCUGUAAUAUUUACAUGAUAUUUGUGCACACAUGAUGAGUAUUGGACCUUAAUAAAUUAUUGCAUUAAAAGUGC